GCCCUUCGUGGUUGACAGGUGAUUCUAAACAUUGGCCGCAAUCAACAGAAGGAGUAGUAGUUGUUCCUGAAGAAAAAUUAAAAGCAGUAGUAACAUUAGCAGUAGUUUCCGAUACGAAUGAAUUAUUUCUUCGGUAUUCCGAGUAUACACGAUUAGUGAGGAUAGUAGCAUAUUGCCUAAAAUUCAUAGAAAAAAUUCGAACAAAACGCAGUGACAAUAGUAUAGACCGUGAAGACAUACAGCUGACAGUAACAAACUUACAAGCAGCACAGCACUGCUUAAUCCGUAUAGCGCAGAAAGACAGAUUUCAGCCUGAAUUAGAUGCAUUAGCGAAAGAUAGGGCAAUACCGAAGCAAAGUCAUUUGCAAUCGUUAGCGCCGUUUAUAGACAAAAAAGGUAUACUUAGGGUAGGCGGGAGGCUGAAAAACGUGUCCAUUCCCUACGAUCAAAAGCAUCCGAUUGUACUGCCCGCAAAGCACGCGUUGACAGAUUUGAUUAUUAGAAACGAGCAUAUUAGGCUCCUUCAUGCAGGGUGUCAGCAUGUAGUCGUGUCUCUUCGUGAACGUUUCUGGCCAAUUAAUUGCACCAGAAAUGUAAAGCGAAUACUCCGAAGCUGCGUGAGAUGUUUUAGAAUAAAACCGCGUGGGAUAGAAUAUCCAAUGGGUCAGCUACCUGCAGAUAGAGUGAAACCUUCUCGCCCAUUCUCAACCUGCGGUAUAGAUUAUGCAGGUCCGUUUACGACAAAAGAUCGUACCCGUACUAAAACGUCAAUUAAAUCGUACGCAUGUAUAUUUGUAUGUUUCGCCACAAAGGCUACGCACAUUGAAUUAGCCACUGACCUCAGUACUGACGCGUUUUUAAAAUGUCUCAAUAGAUUCAUUUCCCGUAGAGGCCUUUGUCAGAGUAUUGUUUCCGACAACGGAACAAAUUUUGUCGGAGCAAAAAAUAGAUUCGCAGACCUACAGAAGUUAUUGCUUAGUGAACACAAUUCGAAAGUUUCAAAGUUUUUAAAUGAAAAAAUGAUACAGUGGUCCUUAAUACCUCCUCAAGCACCUCACUUUGGAGGUCUUUGGGAAAGCGCUGUGAAAUCAACAAAGUAUCACCUCAAUAGAGUCAUAGGAGAGCAAAAAUUAACAUACGAAGAGUUAUACACGCUAUUAGUUCAAAUAGAAUCCUGCCUAAACUCACGGCCAUUGAGUCCCAUUUCAUCAGUUAUACACGCUAUUAGUUCAAAUAGAAUCCUGCCUAAACUCACGGCCCUUGAGUCCGAUUUCAUCUGA